GCGGGACGUGCGGGAUGAUUGGCACGUGCCCCGCCCCUCCCCCGGGGAUGGUAGAAGGCAGGAAUGCGCUUUUACUCACCACGAGCUGGAGCUGUGCGGCUGCCUGAGCUGCCGGGAGUGAUGUGAUUGCUGCAACAUGGCGGAUCUCUCACCCGCUCACUAACACUUCUCUCCCUUGUGUCACUCACAGCCGAGUGUUUAGACUGCGGGACAGAGGGGAGGCCACAGUGAGUCUCUAUUAGACUGGGACUGACUCUCUCUCUCUGCUGCUGCAACUUGUCUGCUCGGGAGGCUCCGAUUUACCCAGGAAAAUAGUCCCCUGUCCCUCUCAGUCCUCUCUCCCUCCCUUGGAAACCCCUUCCCGCCGGACCCUUGUCUUGGGGCCACACAUCCCUCCCUGGAAGCUACAGAUUCCCUGGUCCUUCCGCUGAUCCUUCCCUGGAUUUAUUUCUACAGCUGUGGAUCUUGGGGCCACUGGAUCCCCCUCUCUCAGGAAGCUGCAGAUCACUGGAUCCCCCACCCACAGGCUCCUGGUGAGAAGAACCUGGGGGUGGCAGAUGGUUCUGGAUGGAAUCCAAAAAUCUUGAGGACUGACAGCUCCGUGAUAACCUAAGUGCCAUGGAUUCUUGGCUCCUGAUUGCCCUGCUGGCCACCAUCCUACCAUGCUUUGCAGCAGAAAAUGCCACCACGGUUACUCCCACACCAGCGCUUAACUUUACAACCAGCCCAGCACAACAGGACCCGCCCCCAGAGCCGACGAAUGAGACAUCUGCCAGCUCUAUAGAUUCAGAAUCCCAGACGACUGCACCAGUUACGACCACCAAACCCCCUGUGAUCCUCGCCCCCAAUGUUACGGACUCCCUGUACCCCCCCGCUGGCAAUGAUUCAGAUGCCAAUAACCAGACUGAGGCCACUAACAGCUCCACAGCGACCACUACUGUUGAAAUGGUCGGUGGGACGUCCACCCCUAUUGCACCCAACAUAAACGUGGAGACAACACGUGGGAUCAUUAAUGUGCUUUCCUCAACACUGCCCACCCUCCCCACUGAUGAUUUCUUUCCUGCAGAUACAACAACAGAAAAUCCAGGGAACAACGGUUCUGAAGAGCGAAGAGAUGAGACCCCCAUAAUUGCAGUCAUGGUGGCCCUGUCCUCUCUGCUGGUGAUUGUGUUCAUCAUCAUUGUGCUCUACAUGUUACGGUUUAAAAAGUACAAACAGGCCGGGAGUCACUCCAAUUCCUUCCGACUCGCCAAUGGCCGAGUAGACGAUACAGAGCCGCAGAGCAUGCCUUUAUUGGCCCGAUCGCCCAGCACCAACAGGAAGUACCCGCCCCUUCUGGUGGACAAGCUGGAGGAAGAGAUAAACAGGAGGAUGGCGGACGACAAUAAGCUCUUUAGGGAAGAGUUCAAUGCCCUCCCGGCGUGUCCCAUCCAGGCCACAUGUGAAGCUGCAUCCAAAGAAGAAAAUAAGGAGAAGAACAGAUACAUCAAUAUUCUACCUUAUGAUCAUUCAAGAGUUCACUUGUCCCCAAUUGAAGGCGUCCCCGAUUCCGACUACAUAAAUUCCUCCUUUAUCAACGGAUAUCAAGAGAAGAACAAGUUCAUUGCUGCUCAAGGCCCCAAAGAGGAGACGGUGAAUGAUUUCUGGAGGAUGAUCUGGGAGCAAAACACAGCCACCAUCGUCAUGGUAACGAAUCUGAAGGAAAGAAAAGAGUGCAAAUGUGCUCAGUACUGGCCGGACCAGGGCUGCUGGACCUACGGGAAUAUCCGCGUGUCCGUGGAAGAUAUGACGGUCUUGGUAGAUUACACUGUGCGCAAAUUCUGCAUCCAGCAGGUUGGGGACGUCACCAACAAGAAGCCGCAGCGGCUCAUCACUCAGUUCCACUUCACUAGCUGGCCUGAUUUCGGGGUGCCGUUUACUCCCAUUGGGAUGCUCAAGUUCCUGAAGAAAGUAAAGAACUGCAACCCACAGUAUGCGGGCGCCAUUGUUGUACACUGCAGCGCGGGGGUGGGACGCACAGGAACCUUCGUCGUCAUAGACGCCAUGUUGGAUAUGAUGAACUCUGAAAAGAAAGUUGACGUUUUUGGUUUCGUUAGCCGGAUCCGGGCGCAGCGAUGUCAGAUGGUACAGACAGACAUGCAGUACGUGUUCAUUUACCAAGCGCUGCUGGAACAUUAUCUCUAUGGGGACACGGAGCUGGAGGUGACUUCACUAGAGACCCACCUACAGAAAUUGUACAGUAAAAUGCUUGGGACCAUAAGCACCGGCCUCGAGGAGGAGUUCAAGAAACUGACCUCCAUUAAAAUCCAGAACGAUAAGAUGAGAACGGGCAACUUGCCGGCCAACAUGAAGAAAAACCGGGUCCUCCAGAUAAUUCCAUAUGAGUUUAACAGGGUGAUCAUUCCAGUGAAGAGGGGCGAAGAAAAUACGGACUAUGUCAAUGCCUCUUUCAUUGAUGGUUAUCGGCAAAAGGACUCGUACAUCGCCAGCCAGGGCCCCUUACGGCAUUCAUUAGAGGAUUUCUGGAGGAUGAUUUGGGAGUGGAAGUCGUGCUCCAUCGUCAUGCUGACAGAGCUGGAGGAAAGAGGGCAGGAAAAGUGUUCCCAGUACUGGCCUUCAGAAGGUACCAUAUCAUUUGGGGACAUCACCAUAGAACUGAAGAAGGAGGAGGAGAGUGAAAGUUACACUGUACGGGAUCUGUUUGUGACCAACACUAGGGAAAACAAGUCCCGUCAGAUUAGGCAAUUCCAUUUUCAUGGUUGGCCGGAAGUCGGGAUCCCAACAGAUGGGAAAGGAAUGAUCAAUAUUAUUGCCGCUGUACAGAAGCAGCAACAACAGUCUGGGAAUCACCCAAUCACCGUGCACUGCAGUGCUGGAGCGGGGAGGACGGGGACUUUUUGUGCUCUAAGCACGGUACUGGAGAGGGUAAAAGCAGAAGGCAUCCUUGACGUCUUUCAAACAGUGAAAAGCUUGAGGUUACAGAGGCCACAUAUGGUCCAAACACUGGAGCAGUACGAGUUCUGCUACAGGGUGGUGCAGGAAUACAUCGACGCAUUUUCGGAUUACGCCAACUUCAAAUGAAUUUCCGAGGAGGGGGACCCAGAGCGUGGCCUUCUUUAAUAUUUUGUAAUAUUCUAUUUGUUAAUAUAUGUAGACCAUUGUAUAUAUCUUAACCGUUUUAGAGGAUUGGUACAAUGUGCUUUAUAUUAGCUGGAGAUUUUAUAUAUGUAGCAAAGUGAUUAGUGCCGGUAGCUCAAUAUAUUUUUUUUUAAGUUGGAUGCAAUAGCUUGAUGUUUGGAUUAAUUGUUUCAAUUCAUCUCCCUCCCCUUUUUUUUUUUUUUUUAAUUUUUUUUUUCUCCCAAAAGUCCUCAUUUUCAUUUGUAAGACUGAGGCCCUUCUCGAUAUUUCCGCAAGAGCACAUGAGCGCAGUAUAACUGUCACUUUUGCCGCCGUUGAGUUGCUUCAAGUGAUUUUAUCCUGUAAAUAAAUAUAUAAAUAGAAAAAAAA